GACAGUCGUUUGAGCAAAAAGAGCGACAUUCGUCGGAACUACAUGCCACAUGGCAAGCCUGCCUAUCAGAUAAGGUCCAACCUGACUGGUAUAUUCCCUGUCGAAUUAAUAAAUGUCUCACUUCCUCGCUGUCUCCUUCGAGGCUUAAGGUUUCACUCCGCGUUCGCGUCAUGUCUACAUUGUAAUCGUGUACGAGUCGGAGAACUUUGCAGAAUUUCAACCAUGAAGAUGAACGUCUUUCUACGGACUGCCUUGACCUGCUUCUUACUGGCUUCAGCUUGUGGAGCCAAGGAUCCGAUACCCAAAACUUGGCCUCUGCAGUUUCAUGCUCAGUCAUAUCAGAACAACACCGCGGGCGAACAAUCGAUUAUAGAUUUGUGGUAUGAUCAUGUGAAUGGACGAAAUUUAAAUAUCAUCCAACACCAACUUGGUAAUAAAAUCUGGGACGUGGAGUGGAAUAACGGAACAUCUUACUACUUUGAUUUGGAGCAUGAGACCUGUAAUCGAAUUAACUUCCCAGUUGGAAUUCUGAGGCCUAACUUUCUUGAAGACGCCCACUACGUCGGCGUACGAGAACUCGAUGGCUUCACUUGCAACGUCUGGGAGAAGGAGGACUUCAUAACUUACUACGAGGACGUCAAAACUCAAAGACCUGUAGCUUGGCUUUUCUUCACUGGUAUGUUCAUGCACAUCAUGACAUUUGAGGAAGGAGCUGUUUUGAGCGAUCCUCAGUGGCAGGCUCCAAGUUCCUGUUUUGAAAAUCAGAGUGAGCUCAAGGAACCUCGCCGUUCUCCACUCUUGCUGCCGAGCGAGAAGCUUAGUUCUGUUGACGAGCCUUCGAGUAGAUGGCUGAGAAGUUUGAGUAGGUCAAGAGUGUGAGAAUCGUCCUCGUUACGGUUUUGACAAUAUCGGGAAAUGGGAUAUGCGCUGAUGGUCCUUGUGUAACAAGUCCUUCUGUCAAGUAGUAAAGCUUGAUCAUGUGAGUUUUCGCUGUGAGGAUGUUAUUUGAUGCUGUUUAGCUUAAGAUCAACAGCGUUUAGCAUGGUGGGAUGGAUAACCACAGUGAAGCUGCUCAUCUUUUUUGGCAUUGAAUGGAGUGAUAGUGAAUGAGUGUAGUUACUCACUUUCGAUUCGUGUUUGGAACAUUCGUGCUUUUUACCCAUAAUUUUCUUUCUCACCAUAGAGGCUGCGGACGUUGAGAAAUUUGUAUAUGAAGCAGUCAGUUAUAACUGAAGUAUAGUUAGAUAGUUAUUCUGUUGUAUCCACUGUUCGUUUAUGAAAUAAAUUUUUGAAG